CAAGCAUUCGCUCAAGUUAAGGGUGAAGUUCCUGGAUCCCCCAUAUUCAUUAUGAAACUUGCUGGAAAUGCUCGUCACUUAGAAGUACAAGUAAUCGCAGAUCAAUAUGGAAAUGCCAUAUCAUUAUUUGGUAGGGAUUGUUCAGUGCAAAGAAGGCAUCAAAAAAUUAUAGAAGAAGCACCAGUGACUAUUGCAAACGAUGAAACAUUUGAGGCAAUGGAAAAGGCGGCUGUCAGAUUAGCUAAACUAGUUGAUUAUGUUAGCGCAGGCACUGUUGAAUAUUUAUUUGAUAGUAACGAAAAUUCUUUCAGCUUUUUGGAACUUAAUCCAAGAUUACAAGUAGAACAUCCCACUACUGAAAUGGUUUCUGGUGUGAAUUUACCAGCAGCUCAAUUACAAAUUGCCAUGGGUAUUCCACUUCAUAGAAUCCGAGAUAUAAGGGUUCUCUAUGGAUUAGCUCCCAAUGGAACAUCAGAAAUUGAUUUUGAUUUUUCAAACCCAGAAUCGUUACAAACUCAGAGAAAACCGGCACCAAAAGGACAUGUAAUUGCCGUAAGAAUCACAGCAGAGAAUCCUGAUGCCGGCUUUAAACCUAGUAGUGGUAUGAUGCACGAACUUAAUUUUCGAAGUAGUACAAAUGUUUGGGGUUACUUUUCGGUGAAUUCUGCUGGUGGUCUUCAUGAAUUUGCCGAUUCUCAAUUUGGACAUAUUUUUUCCUACGGAGAGAAUCGUCAAGAAUCGCGUAAGAACAUGGUUAUUGCUUUAAAAGAACUUUCAAUCAGAGGCGAUUUUCGUACAACUGUUGAAUAUCUAAUUAAAUUACUUGAGACAAAAGCAUUUGAAGAUAAUAGUUUCACCACUUGUUGGUUGGAUAUGUUAAUAUCAGAAGUAAAUUUAACGGCCGAGAAACCUGAUAAGAUGUUAGCUAUUAUUUGUGGUGCAGUAACUAAAGCCUACACUGCUUCCCAAGAAUCUAUCUCAGAAUAUAGACGCUUUUUAGAAAAAGGUCAAAUUCCCAGCAAAGAUGUUUUACGAACGGUCUUUGCGAUUGAUUUUAUUUAUGAUGGAGUUCGUUACAAGUUUACCUCUACGCGCUCUGCUCCUCAUUCUUUCAUGUUCUAUUUGAAUGGAUCUAAGGGUCAA